UCAGCUGCACCCGAAAUGCGCCUCACGAGCCUGCUCCACGCCGUUCUCUGCAGCACUUUUGUACCGCGAGUCAAUGAAAAAAUAAAAACACCAAGAACAAAGGGCAGAUCUGAAAACAUCAGAAAGUGUCUAGGAGUCUUAUUUUGCAGGCUCGUCCAACGGGCCCUGGAUGACAAGGACCCUUUUGAACAAGCUCAACUUUAUUGUUUCCAACUGUGCGAACACGUGCACGCGAGGCUGCGGGGAGUUUCCCGCUGGGGCUGUCACCGGUGUUUGUUGUGGGUAAUUCCAGAAUUGAUUGGCCAUGCCAUUGUCACUGUAUUAAUGCUCAUUUCAUUGCACUGGUUCAUCUUCCUCCUCAAUUUGCCCGUUGCCACUUGGAAUAUAUAUCGGUUCAUUAUGGUGCCAAGUGGUAACAUGGGAGUGUUUGAUCCAACAGAAAUACACAAUCGUGGGCAGCUGAAGUCACACAUGAAAGAAGCCAUGAUCAAGCUUGGUUUCCACUUGCUCUGUUUCUUCAUGUAUCUUUAUAGUAUGAUUUUAGCUUUGAUAAAUGACUGAAGCCAGAGAAGCCGCGAAGUCAGCCUACACUACAGUGCUCAGCUGAGGAGCCAGAGACUACUUAAUUCAUCCUUAGAACCGUAACCAUAGCAGUAUAUUUUUUCCUCUUUGAACAAAAAAAUAUUUUUGCUGUAUUUUUACCAUAUAAAAUAUUUAAAAAACAUGAA